UUAUUGAUGAGGCAAGGGGAGAGUGAAAAGGAAAUCUGGUAUGGUCUUUGGUGGUGUCUGGCAAAUGAAAAACCACUUUUCCAGAAUAUUGAAGUUGAUGAUUAUAUGUAUUUAUAUUUGUAAUGCUAAUUGAGAAAUUCACCUUUAGGCUAUAAGACUUGAAGUGGGUAUUUGAAGAAACCACCAUUGUUGCUCAAGUGAAGCUGCUUUUAUAGUAGUUGAGGUUAUCUGCUCCAGUGCAGCAGCACCCAAAUAUCUGCAAUGAGAAAGAAGUUAGCUUCAGUGCUUCUUUUGUCUCUUGUUACAGUGGUUUUUAGCACCACUGACUCUGGUGACCUUGAUGUUUUAAUGCAAUUCAGAGAUGAACUUGAUAAUCCGGAGCUCUUGAAAUGGCCCGAAAAGGGUGGUGAUCCUUGUGGUCCUCCAAGCUGGAACCACAUCUAUUGUGAGAAUUCCAGGGUUACUCAGAUUCAGGCUCAAGGUAUGGGGUUGAAGGGUACUUUGCCUCAAAACUUGAACAAACUCUCCAUGCUCAAGAACAUUGGUCUCCAAAGGAACCAGUUGAGCGGAAAGUUGCCAUCUUUUUCUGGUUUAUCUAAUUUGCGGUAUGCUUAUUUGGAUUACAACAAUUUUGAUUCUAUUCCAUCUGAUUUCCUUGAUGGUUUAGAUAAUCUGGAAGUCUUGGCAUUGGAUGCCAACAAUUUUAAUGCUAGUACAGGCUGGUCAUUCCCUAAGGCUUUGGAAAAUUCUGCUCAAUUGACCAAUCUUUCUUGUAUGAACUGUAAUUUGAUCGGGCCAUUGCCAGAUUUCCUUGGUUCCAUGCCUUCCUUGACAAACUUGAUGCUUUCUGGUAAUAGGUUGUCUGGUGAAAUUCAGGGAACUUUCAAUGGCAGUGCUUUACAGAUGCUUUGGCUGAAUAAUCAACUGCAUGGAGGGAUGACUGGUCCAAUCGAUGUUGUGGCAACAAUGGAGUCCCUCACAGUUUUAUGGCUGCACGGGAACCACUUCACUGGAACAAUCCCAGAGAGUAUUGGUAAGUUAACUCUCUUGAAGGAUCUCAAUCUUAAUAGUAACAAACUUGUUGGCCUAAUUCCUAUUAGUUUAGCAAAUAUGAGACUGCAAAACUUAGAUUUAAACAAUAAUCACUUGAUGGGUCCAAUUCCAAUGUUCAAAGCAUCAAAGGUAACUUUUGCUUCAAACAAGUUCUGUCAAGCCACUCAGGGGCUUCUUUGCUCCCCAGAAGUUAUGGCACUUAUAGAGUUUCUUGGAGUGGUGAAUUACCCUUCCAAGCUUGUAUCCUCCUGGUCUGGUAAUGAGCCCUGCAACUGGUUGGGAAUUAGAUGCAAUAGUGGGAAGGUUUCAGUCAUAAAUUUGCCCCAUUAUAAUCUCUCUGGUUGUUUGAGUCCUUCAGUUGCAAAGCUGGACUCCCUUUCUCAAAUCAGGCUUCAAUCUAACAAUCUAAGUGGUCCCAUUCCAAAUAACUGGACUAGCUUGAAAUCCCUAGAAACUCUGGAUCUCAGUGGCAAUAACAUAUCUGGUCCUUUACCAAAAUUUAGUAGAACUGUGAAGCUUGUCGUAACUGGUAAUCCUUUAUUGAACGGUGAUAAGACAGACCAUACCAAAGGGGCUAAUAUUCCACCUGAGAGUUCAGAUUCUCCACCCAAUAUCCCUACUACGUCAUCACAAGAUUCAGAUCCGGGUUCCCCUGCCACUAACUCUUCUCUGAAAUCAACAAAAACAAAAGGUUUCAAAAGAAACACAUUUGUUUUGAUCAUGGCUCCUGUUGCAAGUUUUGCACUUGUUGCAUUUCUUGUCAUUCCUCUAUCCAUCUACUUUUAUAAGAAGAGAAAAGACAGUAAUUUGUCUUCAACUUCCCAGGUAAUCCCUCCCAGGGAUCCAUCUGAUCCAGAUAAUAUGGUUAAGGUUGUUGUUGCUGCCAAUAACACCAAUGGAAACACUUCUACCCUAACAGGGAGUGGCUCUGCAAGCAGAAAUAGUAGUAGCAUUGGGGAGUCUCAUGUUAUUGAAGCUGGAAAUUUGGUCAUAUCAGUUCAAGUUCUUCGGAAUGUAACAAAAAAUUUUGCAGGACAGAAAGAGCUCGGCCGUGGUGGCUUUGGUGUAGUUUAUAAAGGGGAACUAGAUGAUGGAACACAAAUUGCAGUUAAAAGAAUGGAGGCUGGUGUGAUUACAAACAAGGCUUUGGAUGAAUUCCAGGCUGAAAUUGCAGUCCUUUCAAAGGUUCGGCACCGCCAUUUGGUAUCUCUUUUGGGUUAUUCCAUUGAAGGCAAUGAGAGAAUUCUUGUUUAUGAAUAUAUGUCUCAAGGUGCUCUUAGCAAGCAUCUUUUCCAUUGGAAGAGCCUGAAAUUAGAGCCUCUAUCUUGGAAGAGACGGCUAAAUAUCGCCUUGGAUGUAGCCAGAGGAAUGGAGUAUCUUCACACCCUGGGUCAUCAAAGCUUCAUACAUAGAGAUCUUAAGUCUUCAAAUAUUUUACUUGGUGAUGAUUUCAGAGCAAAAGUUUCAGACUUUGGUUUAGUCAAACUUGCUCCUAACGGGGAGAAAUCUGUUGUGACCAGGCUUGCUGGGACUUUUGGUUACUUAGCACCAGAAUAUGCAGUUACAGGAAAAAUCACCACCAAAGCCGAUGUUUUUAGUUUUGGUGUCGUGCUGAUGGAACUUCUGACUGGAUUGACUGCACUUGAUGAGGAUAGGCCUGAAGAGACCCAGUACUUAGCUGCAUGGUUCUGGCAUAUCAAACCAGACAAGGAGAAAUUAAGGGCUGCUAUCGACCCAUCUCUCGAUGUAAAGGAUGAAACAUUUGAGAGUGUCUCCAUCAUUGCUGAACUUGCUGGACAUUGCACUGCAAGGGAACCCAGCCAACGGCCAGACAUGGGGCAUGCUGUGAAUGUAUUGGCUCCACUUGUUGAAAAAUGGAAACCACUGGAUGAUGAUAAUGAUGAUUAUUGUGCCAUUGAUUACAGCCUUCCUCUUAAUCAGAUGGUGAAAGACUGGCAGGAAGCUGAAGGAAAAGAUUUUAGUUAUUUGGACCUAGAAGACAGCAAAGGUAGUAUCCCGGCUCGGCCUACUGGUUUUGCAGAGUCAUUCAAUUCUGCCGAUGGUCGAUAAAAAAGAGGUACUUCGUUGCAUUUCUUUGAAUUCCUUGUUGUUAUAAAUAGUAGUUUGUGUUCUAUCUAUUUGAGAAUUCAAUGUUGAUAUAUAUUUCCGCAUUAAAUAUAGUCGUUUGUAAUAUUUUGCUGCUUAUGAUGGUGUAAGUUGCUUUGAUUAAUUUUAUGGGCAGAGACGUCUUGUUAGCCAA